UUUUGGUCGAAAAAAUAAAAAAGUUUGAAAAAUCUUGUUUUUUUAACUUUAGAUAUGGGGUUGAAGAAGACUGGAGUUGAACUUUGAACCCUGGGGACAACUCACAAAACACAGAGUUUAAUCAAUGGAGAAGACGAAAGGGAACAACGUGUUUGACGAUGGGAAGAAACAGAAAGCGGGUCGGGUCGUGGAGAAACCGACGAACCCGAUGGUGACUCCACUCCUCAACGAUCUUUACCAAUUCACCAUGGCUUAUGCUUACUGGAAAGCCGGCAAACAAUCCGAACGAUCCGUGUUUGAUUUGUAUUUUCGUAAGAACCCAUUUGGUGGAGAGUACACAAUCUUCGCCGGGUUAGAAGAAUGCAUCAAGUUCCUCGCUAACUUCACUUUGACCGACCAAGAGAUCGAUUUCGUUCGUCACUCUUUACCUGGUUGUGAGGAAGCUUUCUGUGAUUACCUUCGUGGGCUUGAUUGUUCCGACAUUGAAGUCUAUGCUAUUUCUGAAGGAUCUGUCGUGUUUCCUAAAGUGCCUUUGCUCAGAAUCGAAGGUCCUGUUGCUGUUGUGCAAUUGUUGGAAACUCCGUUUCUGAAUCUCAUCAACUACGCGUCUCUGGUUGCUACCAACGCAGCAAGGCAUCGGUUUGUUGCUGGCAAAUCUAAGCUUCUGCUUGAGUUUGGUGCUCGCAGAGCUCAGGGACCUGAUGGUGCAAUAAGCGCAUCAAAGUAUUGCUACCUUGGAGGCUUUGAUGCAACCAGCAAUGUUGCAGCGGGAAAAUUGUUUGGAAUACCUCUCCGUGGUACACAUUCACAUGCUUUUGUCAGCUCAUUCAUGAGCCUUGAUGAGAUUGUUGGCAAAGCGCUUCGAAGCUCUGAUGGGAAAACCACUUGUGAAGAUUUCGUCAAUCUGGUCCAAACAUGCCUAGCCAAGAUUCAGAACUCAUCUGCACUGUCUGGGAUCUUCUCUGAGACAAACAAAAGCGAGCUUGCAGCUUUCACAUCCUACGCACUGGCUUUCCCCAGCGCCUUUCUUGCGCUUGUUGAUACUUACGAUGUCAUGAAAAGUGGAAUCCCUAACUUCUGUGCUGUUGCUCUAGCACUUAAUGAACUGGGAUACAAAGCAGUAGGCAUUAGGCUUGAUUCAGGUGACUUAGCUUAUCUCUCUACCGUGGCCAGGAAGUUCUUUUGCGGCGUAGAGAGAGAGCUUAACGUGCCUGACUUUGGUAAGAUGAUCAUUACCGCGAGUAACGAUCUUAACGAAGAGACAGUCGAUGCUCUUAACAAACAGGGUCAUGAAGUAGACGCCUUUGGAAUUGGAACCAACUUAGUGACUUGCUAUUCACAAGCGGCGUUAGGCUGUGUUUUCAAACUCGUGGAGAUCAAUAAGCAGCCUCGGAUCAAACUCUCUGAAGAUGUUACUAAGGUAUCUAUACCAUGUAAGAAGCGUACUUACAGAUUAUUCGGAAAAGAGGGUUACCCUCUAGUUGAUAUCAUGACUGGAGAGAACGAACCACCACCUAAGGUUGGUGAGAGGUUGCUUUGCCGUCAUCCAUUCAAUGAAUCGAAAAGGGCUUAUGUGGUGCCACAACGUGUGGAAGAGCUUCUUAAAUGUUACUGGCGUGGAAAUGCAGAUGAAGCUAGGGAAGAGCUGGAGCCAUUGAAAGAGAUAAGAAGCCGUUGCAUUAAACAGCUUGAGAACAUGAGACCUGAUCAUAUGAGAAGAUUAAACCCUACUCCUUAUAAGGUUAGUGUGAGCGCCGAGUUGUAUGACUUCAUCCACAACCUCUGGCUCAACGAAGCUCCUGUCGGUGAACUGCACUGAUAUUUUUUUUUUCUACAAAAUGUAGCUUUCUUCUCUUGUGCCUCUGUCAAUGUUAAGAUAUAAUAACCCAUUGUAUCAGCUUUUGCUACUUUACGACUUCUUGAUCCCUCACUCUUUACAACUUUGUCUAUUUUUUUUUUUUUGAACUUGUAUUCACCAAACAUUUACUCGGAAUAAAACUCAGAAGAUUCAAUCUUCUUAGACUUUUAUCACC